AUGUUGACCAUGUCGACCUUGGAUAUGUCAACGAAUCUCAGUGUACAUUAUGGCGGUGAACACAUGCUCAAUGACAUUGUCAGACUAUUCAACAAACCAAUAUGUCUCUAUAUCCAGCUGACUAUAACUCAUGUCUACAUUCAGAACGUCUCAUUGAGCAUGGCUGGGUAA